AUGUCUUUCCAAGUAAACUGGAACACCUUGGAGUCCGACAACUUCUCCUGCUGGACCAAAGAACUCUUGACCACUGCGUUGAAUCUGGGCAAGUCCCCCAACAUCCUUGCCUCAGGCAUUCUGAUCAAGGACCUCAACUUCGGCAAGGUAGCUCCCAACUUCGAGAUCCUCGAGAUCGGCGAAUUGGACAGAGACAGAUUCAGAGGCAUCUUCAAAAUCAACUACGAGGGCGACUUCCACUUGACUCUCCACACCAAGGUCCAGGCCAACCCGCUCAACAUCUACUACUCCAACAGUUUGGACAAGGAGGUGGGCAAUUCCACCUUCGUGACCCCCGAGUUCGGGUUAUCCAACGAGCAGUUUGCCUUGCCCAUGGACUUGAAAUUAAGUGACAUCAAGAUCAGUGGGAUUGGUAUUAUUGUAUUCAGCAAGACUAAAGGGUUGACUUUGGUGUUUAGAAAUGACCCCUUGGACUCCAUUAAGGUAUCCUCCACCUUCGACACUGUGCAAGUCUUGGCCAACUUCUUGCAGAAACAAAUUGAGAACCAAAUUAGAGACUUGUUUAGAGAAACUUUACCCACGUUGAUCCACCAGCUCUCGUUGAACUACCUUUCCUUGGACAACAUCAACGACAUCCACUCCAAACUCUCCAUAAACUUGGCAGCUGACUUGAACUUGGGAACUACCCAAUUGCCUACGGAUUUGCCGUUUGUCUACUCCUCCAAAAACUUACAGAAGAACUUGAAGUUAUUCAAUUCUAGAGAAACUCUCAGCUUGAACGUGCCCAAGUUGAAGAACGUGAUUCAAAGGUCUCAUUUAGAUAAAUUGAACAAGCAUGUGCCGAACUUGUCGAACUCACUCUACUCGAUCUUGAAUGAAGAGGUUGGACCCGCUGCAAACAGCAACGGUAUUCCUGUGGAGAUGUUGAUCAACAAGAACUUUUCCAAGACUGACACCAUUUUAAGUGAAAUUUCCACCAUUCAAACCAACAGUUAUUAUAGAGUGAACAACAGCAAGAACAACAAUGUGGUGAGGCCAAAGAGAAGAACCGUCAAGUUGGGCAAGAAGAAGACUACCAGCUCUACCCAACCCGUUGCAUCUGUACCGGUUUCGGAACUGACUUCACAGCUGUCCGAGACCGAAUCCGAAUAUUCCGAUACUUCCACUCUUAUUAACGAGCCUGUGCAGCAAGAGCCUAUUGUGGUUCACCCCAAACCUAUCCGAUUAUCGCGUGAUUUGUAUCAUGAGCUCAUGAAGCCAUACCCUGAACUUAAGGCCGAACGCCCACCGCUCAGGGCCGAGAAAUAUGAUGCUCCCAAUACCUCGUCGUUGUUGACCAGCGUCGGAUUGGGCACCAGCUACUUUAAUUUUCCAAACAGCCAGCCCAUCUCCACCUCCCCUCUCCGCAAAGAGCUCCGGGACAGAGACUUGCAGCAUAAGAAGUCCAUAAACUAUCUUGAUAUAGCCAAGAUCAAUUCCAAGCUCCACGAAUUGACAAUGGAAAAGGAGAAGGACAAGAGGAUCCAGUUUGACUCGCCUCCUCCAUAUCAAGUGUGA